AUGUCUCACCAAAAUAUUGAAGAUGCCUUUAAAGUUCUCAAUGAAGAAUCAUCAGAUUUAUAUCUGGGCAGUGACAUAGCAGAAGUAGAUAAAUUGGAGCCAUUAGAAUUUCAAAGAGAAUAUGUAUCAAAAAACAUACCUGUUAUUAUUAGAGGUGGCUGUAAAAAUUGGCCAGCAACUUGCAAGUGGAAUACAGAAUUCUUCAGAGAAAAAUUUUCCAGAAAAAAAAUCACAGUAACAUUAACUCCAAAUGGUUUGGCUGAUGGAAUCACUCGGAAUGAGGAUGGAAGAGAGUACUUUGUAAUGCCAGAGGAAGUUGAAAUGUCUAUGGAUGAAUUUUUAGAUAUAUUAGAAAAUAAAAGUGAAAAUCUUAUACCCUACAUUCAACGGCAGAAUUCCAACCUUACAGAAGAUUUUAGUGAGCUUAUGAAGGAUGUUGAAGAUCAUGUAAGUUUUGCUAGUGAAGCCUUUAAUAAAAAACCUGAUGCAAUCAACUUUUGGAUGGGCGAUGAGAGGGCUGUAACUUCAAUGCAUAAGGACCCAUAUGAAAAUAUUUACUGUGUGAUUGAUGGGUACAAGGAUUUUAUACUUAUCCCACCUACUGAUUUGCCGCAUGUACCAUACAAAAGAUAUCCUCAAGCUGAGUUUAAGAAGACAGAUCAGAAAUGGACAAUAGUGCCCGUUAAUAAUGAAUCUAAUUGCGAUGGAUUACCUUGGAUUUGUAUAGAUCCUCUUAAACCAGAUUUGUCAAAAUUCCCAGAAUAUGAGAAAGCUCAUAAAUUUAAGCUGAGGCUUCACAAAGGGGACUGUCUUUAUCUUCCGAGCCUCUGGUUUCAUCAUGUUAGACAGAGCCAUGCCUGUAUAGCCGUCAACUAUUGGCCUUGGUCAAUAACAGUUUUGACUGUCAUAUCGGCAAAACUCUUAAAAACU